CGCAAGCUAAGGCCAAUCCACCGUAGGGACAGCUUGUUUUGUUUACGCUGCUGGUAUCAUAGAUAUUUCGGUUUGUGGCGAUCGUUAUGUGUCACAGGAGGCAGAAGUGCUGAACUGCCAGUUAUUAGAGUUGAUGGAGGCGCCCCAGUUUCCUUCUCUGCAGCCCAGAAUAGCCGACCAGCCUUGGUUCUACGUUGACCGGCCUUGCGAUGAUGAAUCCGAGUUAACCCAGCUAGAAAAAGAACACCAAAGCGCGCUCACCAGCAUUGCGCAGAGGCACAGCGACCUUGUUCCGAUUGGGAAAACUGCGGCAGAAUUGCAGGAUGAAGAUGAGGAAGACGAUGAAGACGACGAUAAUGAGGACGACGAAAGUGAUAGCAACGAGGACGAAGACGACGAGCUGGACGCGGACGACAUCAAUUAUGAUCAAGACUCGCCUAUGUUCCACUAGCUGCCAUUCGACAUAACAUGAACACAGAAAUAAAUUGUCAUAUUCUUACGCUCAAGCAAUUCGGUCAUUUUUGGUCAUCGAACUCUCAGCCCUGCAGUUUAUCAUGUCCGAACAAGGCCUGGUAUCCUGAUUCUCGAAGUCUCAGUGAGCGGGCGACUUCAAGAGGCGAGCAGGAUAUCCACGGCACUGGCUCGGUCAUUCAACCAUGGCCAAAGCAGCGCCCACGUCUUGUUCCAAAGUCUCUCUUGGACAGAGAGGUCGUCGCACAGGGAGAGCGACUGAGCCAGUGCACAUUCCUCCAGAUAGCAGCCACUGAUGCCUUCAAGCUCGCUCGAAAACGUUGCGUGCAGUACUGUCUUAACACAUUCUUCUGUUGUCUGUCAAGAAAUAAGUAAGAAA